CUUGUUUUUUUGGCAACAACACAAAGAAGCUCUCUCUGUUGGUCUCUCAUCUCUCUCUCUCUCUCUCUGUCUCUCUCAGCCCUCUGCUGAAUUUCUAUUCACAUUUCACCAGAAGCUACCAACAUGAGUGCCUUGAGUUUCAGGGGCUUCACAUACAUGUUUCUCAUUGUAUUUCUCAUUUGGUCUUCCAAUUUUGAAGCCUGCAUUGCAAGAAGAGGCAAGCACUGGAGACAUAGUAGCAGGGAUGCAUCGGCUGCUUUGUAUAAGAAAAAAGGAAAAAGUUAUGGAAAUGGUCACAACAAAAACCAUGGUGGAGGAUCAAAACCAAAGCCUCCAUCACAUAAAGGCACCCCAACAUUACCAAAGCCUCCACCUCAUAAAAACAUUCCCUCACCACCGUAUCCACCACCAUCAAACGAAGAUAACCCCUCAACUCCCCCACCAAAACCUUACAUUGGAGGCCAUUCUUCCUCCACCACCUUCAAUGUGCUAGAUUUUGGUGCCAAGGGAGAUGGGAAAACUGAUGACACAAAGGCAUUUCAAGCAGCUUGGACUGAAGCUUGCAAAGUAGAGGCAUCAACCAUGGUGGUUCCAUCGGACUACGUCUUCUUUGUGGGGCCCAUUUCAUUCUCAGGCCCAUACUGUAAACCCAACAUCGUUUUCCAGCUUGAUGGCACCAUUGUUGCACCAACAAACCCCAAUGCCUGGGGCAGAGGACUACUACAGUGGUUAGAAUUUACCAAGUUGGUGGGAAUUACCAUUCAAGGAAAUGGUGUCAUUGAUGGAAAAGGCUCUGUGUGGUGGCAAGAUCAUCAAUAUGAUGAUCCUAUAGAUGAUGAAGAAAAGCUCAUAGUCCCUUUAAACCAGACAGUACCAAGUCCCCCACUGCCGAUUCAAAGUGAGCUGGGAGGAAAAAUGCCAUCUGUCAAGCCAACUGCACUGCGCUUCUAUGGGAGUUUUAACCCAACAGUUACAGGCAUAACAAUUGUAAAUAGCCCACAAUGCCACCUCAAGUUUGACAACUGCAAUGGGGUCAUGGUCCACAAUGUUAGCAUAUCAUCCCCUGGGAACAGUCCUAACACAGAUGGAAUUCACCUUCAGAACUCCAAAGAUGUACUGAUAUAUGGCAGCACUAUGGCAUGCGGAGAUGACUGUAUUUCCAUACAAACUGGAUGCUCAAACGUUUAUGUUCACAAUGUCAACUGUGGACCAGGGCAUGGAAUCAGCAUUGGAAGUCUAGGAAAGGAUAACACCAGAGCCUGUGUUUCGAACAUUACUGUCAGGGAUGUCAUCAUGCACAACACAAUGACUGGCGUCAGAAUCAAAACAUGGCAGGGUGGGUCAGGCUCUGUACAAGGAAUACUAUUCUCAAAUAUACAAGUCUCUGAAGUUCAAUUCCCAAUUGUGAUCGAUCAAUUCUAUUGCGAUAAAAGAACCUGCAAAAACCAAACAUCGGCUGUUUCUCUGGCUGGAAUAAACUAUGAAAGGAUAAGGGGGACAUACACAGUUAUGCCAGUGCACUUUGCCUGCAGUGAUAGCCUUCCUUGUGUAGAUGUUUCUUUAACCUCUGUUGAGUUGAAACCAAUUCAAGAACAAAACCAUCUAUAUGAUCCUUUCUGCUGGCAGACUUAUGGUGAAUUGAAAACUCCAACAGUCCCACCAAUUGGUUGUCUACAGAUUGGGAAGCCCACAAACAAUCGGAUUCAGACAGAUCAUGAUGUAUGUUGAUCAGAUAUAAAUUAAAAUGCUUAGCCUGCUAGAUAAAGUAUGUAUAUUGUAAAAAUCCUACUAUAUAGGAAAUUUUCUUCAUUAGGGUGAUACUGAUUUAUCAUUGUGAGAAUAUACCGGCCCUGCGAUUAGCAAGAGGUCUAGAAUAGUAUAAUAGGUAGCCUUGUAGCUGUGGCAUAUGCAAGAGCUUGAGAUAUUAUUAUACGAGUGUUAGCAUUUCUGAAUAAAACUAUCGUUUUUUAUACAA